AUGUCUGAACAAGCUGUUGCUGACUUAGGUCUAAUCGGUCUGGCCGUCAUGGGCCAGAACCUGAUCUUGAACGCCGCCGACCACGGGUUCACCGUCUGCGCGUACAACAGAACGCACACCGUCGUCGACGACUUCCUGAAUGGCCCAGCCAAGGGCAAGUCCAUCGUCGGCGCCCACUCCAUCGCGGAAUUGGUCGCCAAGUUGAAGAGACCCAGAAAGAUCAUGUUGCUGAUCAAGGCCGGGAAACCAGUCGACUACGUCAUCAACGACCUGGUGCCAUUCCUGGAAAAGGGCGACAUUAUCAUCGACGGUGGGAACUCGCACUACCCAGACUCCAACAGACGUUACGAGGAAUUGACCAAGAAGGGCAUUCUCUUCGUCGGGUCCGGUGUCUCCGGUGGUGAAGAAGGUGCCCGUUACGGGCCCUCUUUGAUGCCUGGUGGGUCCGAGGAGGCCUGGCCACACAUCAAGCCCAUCUUCCAGUCCAUCUCUGCCAAGGCCGACGGCGAACCAUGCUGUGACUGGGUCGGGCCUGCAGGGUCCGGGCACUACGUCAAGAUGGUCCACAACGGUAUCGAGUACGGUGACAUGCAGGUUAUCUGCGAGGCCUACGAUAUCAUGAAGCGUGUUGGCCACUUCACAGACAAGGAAAUCUCCGACGUUUUCGCCAAGUGGGACAAGGGCGUCCUGGACUCCUUCCUGGUCGAGAUCACCACCAACAUCUUGAAGAAGAACGACACGGACGGCAGGCCUAUCGUUGAGAAGAUCUUGGACUCCGCAGGCCAGAAGGGGACCGGUAAGUGGACCGCCAUCAACGCCUUGGACCUAGGUAUGCCAGUCACUUUGAUCGGGGAGGCCGUCUUCGCAAGAUGCCUGUCCGCCAUCAAGGACGAGAGAGUCUUGGCCUCCAAGACCUUGCCAGGCCCUGCCAUCCCAGAGGGCGUCGUCAAGGACAGACAACAGUUCAUCGACGACUUGGAACAGGCUCUGUACGCCUCCAAGAUCAUCUCCUACGCACAGGGGUUCAUGUUGAUCAGAGAAGCGGCCCGCACUUACGGCUGGAAGCUAAACAACCCAUCUAUCGCUUUGAUGUGGAGAGGUGGCUGUAUCAUCAGAUCCGUCUUCUUGGGUGAAAUCACAAAGGCCUACAGAGAAAACCCAGACUUGCAAAACUUGCUGUUGAACAAGUUCUUCUCUGACGCCGUUACAAAGGCCCAAUCCGGCUGGAGAAAGACCCUGGCCUUGGCCACCACGUACGGUAUCCCAACGCCAACUUUCUCCACCGCGUUGGCCUUCUACGACGGGUACAGAUCCGAAAGACUACCAGCUAACUUGCUACAAGCCCAGAGAGACUACUUCGGUGCCCACACUUUCAAAGUCCUACCAGAAGAGGCCUCCGAGUCUCUACCAUUGGGUAAGAACAUCCACGUCAACUGGACUGGCCACGGUGGGAACGUCUCCUCCACCUCUUACGACGCUUGA